GAGUUGGCGAUGAGCAGGGGCUGGAACGACGAGUGGAUGAAGUCGCCGAAGGACCAGGCCGUCUCGGCGGGCUUGCAGGAGCUGGCCGCCGCUCAGACGGCACAGAUGGAGCAGCUCCUCAAGCAGGCUCUCGGGCGAGCCUCAGACGCCGCUGCUGCCCCGUCGAAGCGCCAGAAGAAGGCCAAGGACACCAGCGAGACGAAGGCAGCCGAGGAGGCGCACUCGGCGACGGCGGCCGAGCCUGGGGUGCUGGCGGCAGCGCAGGCGCGCGCGAUGCACCGUUCGCCCGAGGUGGCUGCUGACACGGCGAAGGCGCCCGCGGCGGGCGCUGGCGCUGCCGUGCCAGCCGCGCCGCAGGCGCCUGCCGUGCAGGACGCGAAGGGCGCUGGCGGCGGCGGCACGGCUGGCGAUGAGAACGGCGAGACGAAGGGCGAGAACGGCGAGACGAAGGGCGAUGAGGACAAGGGCGGCGGAGCUGACAGCACGAGUGACUAG